GUUCACAAACAAGUCAGCCGAGCAGACGCAAAGUCGCACCGCGCGCGCCUCAAGAUGUUCGCGGAAAUCGUGGCCGCUGUCCUAUUCCCGCUCGUUCUGUUUUAUAUGUACAAAAGCGCGUUUAAGAAGCCUGAUAAUUUUCCACCCGGCCCGCCAAGCCUCCCAGUGUAUGGAGCGUAUUUCCUGCUCCACGCCAUAUCUCCUAACAACUUAGCAGGGGCCUUCAUCAAGCUUGGCCGCCGGUACAAGACGCGGCUGGUCGGCUGUUACCUGGGGCCUUUCCCAGCGGUGGUCGCCAACGGCCCAGCCCUGGUGAAAGAAGUCCUCAACAGAGAGGAGUUCGAUGGGCGUCUGGAUAUCAUUCUUGGGAGGCUGCGGGCUUUCUGGAAACAGCUGGGUAUAUUCUUCACGGACGGUUACUUCUGGCAUACUCAGCGGAGGUUCUCCCUGCGCUACAUGCGCGAUUUUGGGUUCGGGCGGCGCUGCGUCGAGCUCGAAGAUGCCAUCACCCAUGAGAUCAAGGAGAUGAUCGACAUGAGGAUCAAUGGUCCGAGGAACGAUGAUGAAAAGAAACUUGUGAACGGUGAGCUGGUUUACCUGCCGCACUAUCUCUCCGUGCCUUUUAUCAACGGUAUGCUGCACGUGUUCAGCGGAAUGACCCUGCCCCGUGGAGAUUACCCCACGCUCUGGGACUUGGCCAGAAAUACCCUCAGGUUCCAGCGCGGCAGCAACGACCUCGGCGGAGCUAUUUCCUUAACUCCGUGGCUCAAGGAACUAUUCCCCAAAUGGAGCGGCUAUAAAGACUUGUAUCAGGGAACUAAGUUUCUAACGGACUUUUUCAGGAAACUAAUUGAGCACGCGAUGGCGACGCAUGAGGAUAGCCAUGACCGGCAUUUCUUAGACAUGUACAUCAGAAAAAUGAAGGAGGAGAUUCGAGACACUGGACGGACUACGUUCUCUGUGGAUCAAUUGAUCCUGAUCUGCACGGACUACAUGUUCCCGAGCGCGACAGCCGGCGAGUCCGUUAUCCAGAUCCUGGUUGAACAAAUGUUCUUGCAUCCUGAGAUCCAGGAUAAGAUCCACGAGGAGAUCGAUCGAGUCGUCGGCCGCGAUCGCAUGCCCAAUCUGGACGACAGGAAAAACAUGCCGUAUACAGAAGCGUGCCUGCGCGAAAUGCUGCGGUUUGAGACAACAGUACCACUCGCAGUACCGCACCGAUGCGUCGUCGACACCACGCUGGACGGCUACCAUAUUGCGGAGAACACUGCAGUGGGAGUGAAUCUAACGAGUCUACACAUAGACAAGGACUUAUGGGGCGACCCAGAAGUUUUUAGACCGGAGCGGUUUAUCAAAAAUGGCCGCCUCGAUGUCGCCAGCGACAAGUCAUUGCCUUUUGGAGCAGGUCGACGGUUGUGCGCCGGAGAGACGUACGCGCGGCAGUGCAUGUUCCAAGUGUUCGCGAGCUUCAUGCAGGCGUUCGACGUAUCAACGGCCGACGGCCGCCCGUUGACGAAGCCCGCCCGACGGAUUCAGGGCAUCAUCACUACUAUACCGGAGGGCUGGGUGCGGGUCACGCCGAGGAUAUAGCAUUUAUAGGUUAUGUUAGGUUAAGAACUGCUAGAUAACUUGUAAAGUUGAAGAAGGCUCAUUCAGUACAUAUUCCAAGUGUUCGCGGGCUAUGCAGACGUUUCACGUAUCGACGGCCAACGGCUGCCCGCUGACGAAGUCCGCGUCCGACGGAUUCAGGAUAUCAUCACUACUAUAUCGGGGAAGACGGUGCGGGUCACGCAGAGGAUAUAGCGAUUAUCUAUAGGUUAAUGUUAAGUUACAGUUGCAUCAUAACUUGCAAUGUUGAAAAAGGCUCAUUCAGUGCAUGUUCCAAGUGUUCUUAUUCAGAUUUUAAAAUUACUUACGUUAAUUGUGGGUACUUACCUACAAAUUUAGUAUGUCUAUUGCUUAUCUCAGACGGUUGGUAAAGACGUUGUGCGGUUAUUUUCUAGUAAAAGAUAGCUGAUGUUAGGACUAAAACAAGUCAAUUAUAUCUUUUACAUUUUCAUUUAAGUACUUACUUGACAUAAUACAAACCAGCUUAAUGAAACAAAGUCGUUAAACAGGGGGCUGAUUUUUUAAUUUCGAGCUCUCGAUUACGCCACUCGAAAAUCUGUGAAACACAGCGAAUUGCUAUUUUUGAAAUCCGAGUGAUGGAAAUCAGGAAUCGAGAAAAUGCCUAGUAGUGGAGAUAGUAUUGAAGGGAGUCGCACGAAAUCGAGCGCUCUAAAUUAGAAAAUCGGCUCCCAGUCCGUAGCUAACCAUAAACUUCUUACCAACCGCCUCAGAAACAUAGAUUAAGUAUUGAAUGUUGGUCUGAAUUUAUGUAGGCAUGCGUCUCUUUAUCGCUCGAAUAUGUAAGAGCGAUAUAGAGGCAGAUAACGAAAAUUCGAUUUUCGCGGUAGGCCCUCAGGGCAUUGUCACCACUAUCCAGAGUUUUUUAUUAGUGCGCUUCACAAUAAUAAGUUUUAGAUAAACUAUGCCCAUGAUACUGUUAAUAAACAAGUACCUAACAAAUAAUUACGUGAGUAUUUUGUAUUUCUUUCGCUCAAUUAGUAAUUUAUCAGUAAAUUAAAUUUAUUAAAAUAAACCGUGUGUUAUUU